AUGCAUCAACCAAGGCGUAAAAAGAAACGCCAGAUAAUGUCGAACUUGAAAACUGUCGAAGUUGCGAGAGGGCGAACAGGGUAUGGCUUCACUCUGUCUGGACAGUCGCCGUGUGUUUUGAGUUGCAUAAUUAGUGGUAGCCCCGCAGAAUUCGCGGGGUUGAAAUCCGGCGACUUUGUCAUGGCUGUGAACGGAGAAAACGUUGCGAAAUUGUCGCAUGAGCAGGUGGUGAAGUUUAUCGGGACAUCUACCGGCGUAAUGAGACUGACAAUCGCUGAAAAACCACGCCUUGAUAGCGACUCAUCUGACGACCAGUACGUCGCCAGUCGACCGCGACCGAGGUCCCAUCCGAGGAUAAAAUCACGGACACCACCCACUCCCACCAAUGAUCAUAAUAACGCAAGUCGGGUUGAUAAAGUCGUAGAAGAUUUGUUCCGAGGCACUUUGUUUGGAAGUUGUCCGAUAUCUUCAGAAGCUGUUGAUGAGGAGGAGGAAGAUGAUGAUGAGGAUAUAGGUGAACUGAAUUCAAAAUUUGCUCCAGGGCAUCUUAGUCCAUUUAAUACGUCUGGUAGAAAACUUGAAAUAUUUCUAAAGAAACCAACAAAAAUGUAUGAACGAACUGUGUGGAAUGGAAAUGACUUUGAUGAACAGCCCAGUGGAAAAUUAAAGAAAAAUAAGCAAAAGAAAUCUGAUAGACACAUUACCAAGCAACAACAAUAUCAUGUUCAACAUCAUCAACAACAACAACAACAACAGCAGCAUUUUGAAAUGGGGCGUUACAUAUCAACUCCUGAUCCUGCAGGCAUGAACCGACCACUUUCACCUUUGGAAGUUUCUAGCAUUCUUUACCCUUCGUUGCAGCCACAUGUGAGUGCUGCAGUCCCAUUGGACAAUGAUCAAGUACUGGAUGAGGAUGAUUUGUAUAUGCGAGCAGUUGUUGGUUAUUUGGGAUCAAUAGAAAUUCCCUCUGAAGCUAACCUCAAAGACGCUAGUUUACAAGCAAUUCGUGGUUGUGUUAGAAGACUGAGAAUCGAACAACGCAUCCACACCCUGGUACUGAUGGAAAUCACUAUCACAGAUGUACGAUUGGUCACUGCCAAUGGUGUUACAGUGGUGGUAUACCCUGCUGACAAGUUAGCCUUCAGCGGGGUUUGCCCCGAUGAUAAACGAUUUUUUGGUCUUGUGACCAUGCACGGCCUUGAGGGAGAUCAUGACAUGAUGUCAUCAAAUGUUGAAAGUGGAAGCUCAUGCCAUGUGUUCAUGGUCGAUCCUGAAAUCUGCGCACAUCACAUCCAUGCUAAAAAAGCUGCAAAAUUUGGUGUACCGUGUACCGUUGAUCCAGAGACAAAUGGUUGUGCAGAAUUUCCACGGUCAGCGAAACCAAUUUUACAAACCCUUGCUAAACUAUACCAAGAUAGGCAUAAUGGGCUGUAUGUAAAUGAGUUACAACGUGCCCAGGUGUACAUGGGUGGAGAAUUCCCAUUGGUUGCCAGAAGAAGCAACAGUAAUAGCAGUAAUAGCGAUAGCGGGAUUGGAUACUGCACAGAAGGAAUGAACGGAUCGGGAAAUGGGGAAAGAGUAAUGGUCGUUGACAUCGGUAAAAACGGUCAAAUGUACAGACAAGAUGUUAGUGCCCCGAACAAAUUGAUUGUAAGAGCUGAUGUGAUGCACCAGCAUUCGGAUAUUCCCUUCUCUAUGUCAUCGACAUCAAGCAAGUCGCCGAUGUCAUCAGACUCGUCGCCGAAAAACGAUGAUGUGGCAUCACGUCUGACACCACGGGUAUGUGCAGAUCCCAAGAACAUUCCGCGACCUACAUCUAGUCUGGGCUUCCAUGCCUAUGCUGGAUCGUAUGAUUCCCAGAGUAGCACGCAGAGCUCGAAUAACAACAUGCAACAUAGAGCGGAAAUACCCCAAACUGCACAUGGCACUGCAUCAAACAGUAAACCUGGGAAGCAAAAGCAGAUGCCAGCAGGGUUACCACCGACAGGUAUUCACAGACACUCCAUGUAUGCUAGACUGGACAAUGUGGCAGUUAGAAAACAAAGUACCCAAAUUCAGGAAAUACCAGAGAAUGACUUUCAGCAGCCCUGGGAUGAAAGAAUAAUUUCUGAUGGUAAAAUGCUAAUGAACAGACAGGAAGGAAAACGAAGAUCAGGAAGAGGCUCAUUCCGACGAGGGAAAAACAAGAAAAAUGGGAUGACAAACAGUCACUCAAAAGAGGAAUGGUAG